CACCCGCGACCGCCACCUCGAGAACGAGACCAGCUGAAGUGAAGCGACACUCCGGCGAGGUCCAGAGGCUUGAGAACAUGGCACAGGCAAUGGCGUCCAUGACCGGGCUGUCGCAGGGCGUGCUGCCGGCCGGCGCGGCGAGCAGGGGGCGCGCCGGCAGGUCCUCCGGCAGGAUCGCCGCCGGCGCCGUCGUCGUCAGGGCCUCGGCUGCCGAGGGCGGCGACGUCAUCCAGACCGGCCGCCGCGCGGUGCUCGGCCUCGUGGCCACCGGCGUCGCCGUCGGCGGGGCGGCGCUCGCGCAGGCGGCGCUCGCCGAGCCGGCCAAGUCCAUCAAGGUCGGCCCGCCGCCGCCGCCGUCCGGUGGACUUCCCGGGACGCUGAACUCGGACCAGGCGAGGGACGUGGAGCUGCCGCUGAAGGAGAGGUUCUACCUGCAGCCGCUGCCGCCGGCGGAGGCGGCGGCGAGGGCGAAGGAGUCGGCCAAGGACAUCAUCAACCUCAAGCCGCUCAUCGACAAGAAGCAGUGGCCGUACGUCAGGGACGACCUCCGCCUCAAGGCUUCCUACCUGCGCUAUGACCUCAAAACCAUCAUCUCCUCCAAGCCCAAGGACGAGAAGAAGGACCUCAAGGACCUCACCGGCAAGCUCUUCGCCACCAUCGACGGGCUUGACCACGCGGCCAAGAUCAAGAGCCCCGCAGAAGCGGAGAAGUACUACACGGAGACCAAAUCUGUUCUUGGCGAUGUCCUCGCCAAGCUAGGCUAGAGGGAUCGGCGUAAUAGCCAUGGAGUUUCGGUGUUUUUUAUGUUUGUUCAUAUGGAACCCGGCGAUGUAUCCUCCAUGUUGAUAUUGUAUCAGCAAAAACACUUACGUAUGCCUCAAAUCUUGAGUUGUUCACAGCUAAAACU